GGUAUGAAGACCCUCCACAAAAAGGCAGCUGCAGGACAGCAUACCAGGACAGCUGUAGGUCACCACACAGGAUCUGCAAAUAUGAGAAAGAAAAAGAUCUUCCAGAAGAAACAGAGAGGCCGACCUUCCUCCCAUACCCACAGAAACAUAGUGGGCUGCAGAAUUUCACAUGGAUGGAAGGAAGGUGAUGAGCCCAUCACCCAGUGGAAAGGAACCGUUCUGGAUCAGGUGCCUAUAAAUCCCUCUCUUUAUUUGGUGAAAUAUGAUGGAAUUGACUGUGUCUAUGGACUAGAACUUCACAGAGAUGAAAGGAUUUUAAAGCUUAAAAUCCUUCCUGAUAAAGUUCCAUUUUCUCGAGUCAGAGAUGUGAGCCUUGCAAACACCAUAAUUGGCAAAGCAGUGGAACAUAUGUUUGAGGGUGAGCAUGGUUCUAAGGAUGAAUGGAGGGGGAUGGUUUUAGCCCAAGCACCAAUCAUGAAAGCCUGGUUUUAUAUUACCUAUGAGAAAGAUCCUGUCUUAUAUAUGUACCAGCUUUUAGAUGAUUAUAAAGAAGGUGACCUCCGCAUCAUGCCAGAGUCCAAUGAGUCUCCUCCAACCGACAGGGAGCCAGAAGGAGUUGUAGAUGGUCUGAUAGGUAAACAUGUGGAAUAUACCAAAGAAGAUGGCUCCAAAAGGACAGGCAAGGUCAUUCAUCAAGUUAAAGCCAAACCCUCUGUGUAUUUCAUCAAAUUUGAUGAUGAUUUCCAUAUUUAUGUCUAUGAUUUGGUAAAAAAGUCCUAACUAUUACUGUAAAAUUUGCCAUAUUUGUGAAAACAAAUGUAUAAUUUGUAGACAUGCAAAAAUUGUUGCUUAUUAGUGUAGUGAAAGCUUGAGGGUCCCUGUUAAUGCUACAUCUUUGCCAGCAUAAAUAUUGUUUUUUUCUGAAAAAUACAAAUUUUGUGUGGCCAUGA